AUGGCUCUGAUCGUGUGUGUGCGGCGACUGACAGGGCUGCCGGGCACCCAUGACCGACAAGUGAGGCUCAGCUUUCGGGGUUUUACCCAGAAAACGAGAAGAAUUCGCUGUGGCCAAGAAGCAGAUAUUGGUGAGCUGUUCCGUUGGCCGCACUAUGGGGCUCCGCUGGCUGGGGAGUGUCUGUCUGUGCAAGUGGUUAACUGCAGCCGUGUGUUCAGCCCCAGGUCUCUGGGGACUCUGGUGAUCUCCUUGCAGCAGCUACAGAGUGCUGGCCAUUUGGUGCUGCGUGAGGCCCUAGUGGAUAAGAAUCUGCGAGUGUCCCCAAUCCAGGUGGAGCUUGACCUAAAGUACCAGCCCCUGGAGGGCGCUAGUGGAGCCUGGGCAGAAGAGGACUUUGGCGCGCCCAUUCGGGACAGCUCGGAGCUGGUCAUCCCCAAUCCGGGCUUCCAGGAGCUGGAGCCUGGGGAGGCCCGGUUGGAGCAGCGGGCUGCAGCAUUGGGACGCAGGCUAGCUCGAGGGCUAGCUCAGCAGGACGAAGAAGACAAUGAGCUGGAGCUGGAGCUGGAGCUGGAAGACGAGCCUGAUGUGGAGCUUUCUGGUGUCGUGUUCAACCCCCUCAAGAGCCGAGCCCGGGGCCUAGUCCAAAGGGAUCACUUCCAGGUGCCCAGAGCACAGGACUUCCAGGUGGGGGUCACGGUGCUGGAGGCCCAGAAGCUGGUGGGAGUCAACAUUAACCCCUAUGUGGUUGUCUGUGUUGGGGACCAGCGCCGGGUGACUGCCACACAGCGUGGGACCAACUGCCCUUUCUACAAUGAGUACUUCUUGUUUGAAUUUCAUGAGACCCAACUUCACCUCCAAGAUUUGCUGCUGGAGAUUACGGCUUUCCAUUCGCAGACCCUCCCCUUCAUGGCCACCCGGAUCGGCACCUUCAGGAUGGACCUGGGCAUUAUCUUUGACCACCCAGAUGGCCACUUCUACCAGAAAUGGGCCCCGCUGCACGACCCCCGGGACACCCGCACUGGGAUCAAGGGCUUCGUCAAGGUCACUUUGUCCGUGAGGGCGCGCGGGGAUCUGUCCCCUCCGCUGCCACCCCCUGGCCCAGGGCAGAGUUCAGACAUCGAGAAGAACCUGCUCCUGCCCCGCCGGGUGCCGGCGGAGAGGCCCUGGGCGCGGCUGCGUGUGCGCGUGUACCGUGCCGAGGGGCUGCCCGCGCUGCGCCCGGGGCUGCUGGGCAGUCUGGCCCGCGCCCUGCAUGACCAUCGCGUCCUCGUGGAUCCCUAUGUGCGCGUGUCUUUCCUGGGCCAACAGGGCGAGACCUCGGUGCGUGAAGAAGCAGAGGCGCCCGAGUGGAAUGAGCAGCUGAGCUUCGUGGAGCUCUUCCCGCCACUGACACGCAGCCUUCGUUUGCAGCUGAGGGAUGACGCGCCCCUGGUCGAUGUGGCCCUCGCCACGCACGUGCUGGACCUGAGGCAGAUCUCACACCCGGGCCGCGCGGCGGGGUUUAACCCCACCUUCGGUCCGGCCUGGAUACCUCUCUAUGGCUCACCCCCCAAUGGGGGACUCCGGGAUGGUUUUCAAAGUCUCAACGAAGGCCUUGGCCCUGGCGCUUGGUUCCGUGGCCGCCUGCUGGUGGCUGUGUCCAUGGAGGUGUUGGAAGGCAGAGCUGAACCUGAGCCUCUCCAGGCCUCACAAAGGUCCAGGUUGUCCAAGCUCAUGGGAAAGAAGAAGAAAGCCAAGCAGGGCCAGACCCCAACAGGGAUUCAGCAGCACCUGGAUGCCAGCGCCAAUGCUGGUGGACCUGAAAUUCCUAGUUCGAUGGAGGUGGAGGUGGAGGAGUUGCUCCCACUGCCAGAGAAUGCCCUGGCACCCUGUGAAGAUUUCCUUCUUUUCGGUGUGCUCUUCGAGGCCACCAUGAUUGACCCUGCCAUGGCCUCCCAGCCCAUCAGCUUCGAGAUUUCCAUUGGUCACGCAGGUCGCCGGGAGGAGCAAUUGGGCCGAGGGUCCAGGACCACGGAGGGAAUGGAGGGUGCGGAGGGGGAGGCGCAGCCUCUGCUGGAGCCGGAGGUGGGAGUCAGGCUGGUGGAGGAGGAGCCGGGGACCCCUGCUCAGAGGCCUGAACCCAUGGAUGGCAGUGGGCCAUACCUCUGCCUGUCCCUGCGUCACCGCAAGCCGUGUGUGCACGUGUGGAGCCGCUGGGAGGAUCAUACGUGGCGCCUGCGGAGCAGUAACUGUGUGCGGAAAGUGGCCGAGAGGCUGGACCAGGGACUCCAGGAGGUUGAGAGCCUGCAGCGCAGGCCAGGGCCCAGAGCCUGCACACGACUCAAGCAGACGUUGGAAGAGCUGGUGGCUGGGAGCAGACAAUUUUGCCACAGUGCUGAGCGCAGGACAAUGACGCGGCCCAACGCCCUGGAUAGGUGCCGAGGGAAACUGCUGGUGCAUAGCCUGAACCUGUUGGCAAAGCAAGGCCUUCGCCUUCUAUGGGGCCUGAGACAGGGCAACGUGCAAGAGAAGGUGGCACUGGCCAAGAAGCUCCUGGCAAAAUUGCGCUUCCUGGCCCAAGAGCCCCAGCCACCCCUCCCAGACGUGCUGGUCUGGAUGCUCAGUGGGCGGCGCCGGGUGGCCUGGGCCCGGAUCCCAGCCCAGGAUGUGCUUUUCUCUGUGGUUGAGGAAGAACAAGGCCAGCACUGUGGGAAGAUCCAGAGUUUGCUGCUUACAGCACCUGGGGCAGCUCCCGGUGAGGUCUGUGCCAAGCUGGAGCUCUUCCUGUGGCUGGGGCUGGGCAAGCAGGCCAAGGCCUGCACCUCAGAGCUUCCCCAGGAGCUGCUGCCUGAGCCUCCCACCGGGCUGCCCCACAGCCUGCACCGGGAUGACUUCAGCUACUUCCAGCUCAGGGCUCACUUGUACCAGGCCCGAGGCGUGCUGGCAGCAGAUGACAGUGGGCUCUCGGACCCCUUUGCUCGAGUCCUCAUUUCUACCCAAUGCCAGACCACACGGGUCCUGGAGCAGACGCUGAGCCCCCUGUGGGACGAGCUCCUGGUGUUCGAUCAGCUGAUCGUGGACGGGAGGAGGGAGCACCUGCAGCAGGAGCCUCCAUUAGUGAUCAUCAAUGUCUUUGACCACAAUAAGUUUGGCCCCCCUGUGUUCCUGGGCAGGGCGCUGGCUGCCCCGAGGGUAAAGCUGAUGGAGGACCCUUAUCAACACCCUGAGCUACAGUUCUUCCCACUGAGGAAGGGGUCCCGGGCAGCUGGAGAGCUCAUCGCCACCUUCGAACUCAUUGAACUGGACUACAGUGGCCGGCUUGAGCCCUCAGUGCCCAGGGAUGUGGAGCCCCAGGACCUGACACCCCUGGUUGAGCCUCUCUCCAAACGCCUAUUCCUGCCACCCAAUGUGCGCCCGGUGCUCAGGGAGUUCCAUGUUGAGGUGCUGUUCUGGGGUCUCAGGGGCCUCGGCCGUGUGCAUCUGUUUGAGGUGGAGCAGCCCCAGGUUGUGCUGGAGGUGGCUGGGCGACGUGUGGAGUCUGAGGUCCUGGCCAGUUACCGUGAGAGCCCCAAUUUCACUGAGCUCGUCAGGCAUCUGACAGUGGACUUGCCAGAGCAGCCUUACCUGCAGCCCCCCCUCAGCAUCCUAGUAAUUGAACGCCGGGCUUUUGGCCGUACAGUCCUCGUGGGUUCCCACAUUGUCCCCCACAUGAUGCGAUUUACACUCCGGGGUCAAGAGGAUCCCCCUGAGGAGGAAGGAGAAGAGGAGACAGGGGACUUGAUGCCCAAGGAACCUGAAGGACAGAAGUCCCUGGAUCCCUCGCUGGUUGAAGCAGGGAUGUCCGGGCGGCUCCUGAAGGCUCCUCUGAAGAAGCUCCCCCUGAGAGGCCUUCUGAAUCAAGGCCCCGAGCUGGAGGAGGACAUCCCAGAUCCUGAAGAGCUUGACUGGUGGUCCAAGUACUACGCAUCGCAGCAGGAGCUCCAGGGGCAGCCCAGCUUUGAUGAGGAUGAAAUGGAUGAUCCUGGGGAUUUAGAUGGCGGCAACCUCACUUCCGUGGAUGGGGAAGCCCAAGACCAGGGCGAGGCUGAAGUCAGCGGCUCCAUGUCCCUGAAGAAAGCGAUCGCCACUCUGAAGAUCUACAACAGCUCCCUGGAGGAAGAGUUUAACCACUUUGAAGACUGGCUGAAUGUGUUUCCCCUGUAUCGAGGGCAAGGGGGUCAGGAUGGAGAAGGAGAGGAAGAAGGGUCUGGGCACCUGGUGGGCAAGUUUAAGGGCUCCUUCCUCAUUUACCCUGAGUCAGAGGCAGUGUCAUUCUCAGAGCCCCAGAUCUCCCGGGGGAUCCCACAAAACCGGCCCAUCAAGCUCUUGGUCAGAGUGUAUGUCGUAAAGGCUACCAACCUGGCUCCUGCAGACCCCAAUGGCAAAGCAGACCCCUAUGUGGUGGUGAGCGCUGGCCGGGAGCGGCAGGACACCAAGGAGCGCUACAUCCCCAAGCAGCUGAACCCCAUCUUUGGAGAGGUCCUGGAGCUCAGCGUCUCUCUGCCUGCUGAGCCAGAGCUGACCGUGGCUGUGUUUGAUCACGACCUCGUGGGUUCUGACGACCUCAUCGGGGAGACCCACAUUGACCUGGAAAACCGAUUUUAUAGCCACCACAGGGCGAACUGUGGACUGGCCUCCCAGUAUGACGUGGACGGGUACAAUGCCUGGCGUGAUGCAUUCCGGCCUUCACAGAUCCUGGCGGGGCUGUGCCAACGCUGUGGCCUCCCCGCCCCUGAAUACCGAGCCGGGGCUGUCAAGGUGGGCAGCAAGGUCUUUCUGACACCGCCUGAGACCCUGCUCCCAGGUAGUAGGGGCCCCAAGGUGGCAAGUGAGGUCUCUGAGGAGGCCCAGGCAUUACUUGUGCUGCGGUGCUGGCAGGAGAUGCCAGGUCUUGGGAUUCAGCUGGUACCUGAGCAUGUAGAGACGCGGCCCCUCUACCAUCCCCGCAGCCCGGGGCUGCUGCAGGGAUCCCUUCACAUGUGGAUUGACAUCUUCCCCAGGGAUGUGCCUGCACCACCCCCAGUUGACAUCAAGCCUCGGCAACCAAUCAGUUAUGAGCUCAGAGUCAUCAUCUGGAACACGGAGGAUGUGGUUCUGGAUGAUGUGAACCCACUCACUGGAGAGAUGUCGAGUGACAUCUAUGUGAAAAGCUGGGUGAAGGGGCUGGAGCAUGACAAGCAGGAGACAGACGUGCACUUCAACUCCCUGACUGGGGAGGGAAACUUCAACUGGCGCUUCGUGUUCCGCUUUGACUACCUGCCCACGGAGCGGGAGGUGAGCAUCCGGCGCCGGCCUGGACCCUUCGCCCUGGAGGAGGCUGAGUUCCGGCAGCCGGCAGUGCUGGCCCUGCAGGUCUGGGACUACGACCGCGUCUCUGCCAACGACUUCCUUGGAUCCCUGGAGCUGCAGCUACCGGACAUGGUGCGGGGCACCCGAGCCCCUGAGCUCUGCUCUGUGCGACUGGCCCGUGAUGGGGCUGGGCCCAGGUGCAAUCUGUUUCGCUGUCGCCGCUUGCGGGGCUGGUGGCCUGUGGUGAAGCUGCGGGAGCCAGAGGACGAGGAGAGGGAGCAGCGGGAGGCUGAGGCAGGCAAGAAGAGGCGGAGGAAGAGGAGGAAGGGCCGGCCGGAAGACUUAGAGUUCACAGACCCGGGAGGCAACGUCUACAUCCUUACGGGGAAGGUGGAGGCAGAGUUUGAGCUGUUGACAGUGGAGGAGGCUGAGAAACGGCCAGUGGGGAGGGGGCGGAAGGAGCCUGAGCCCUUGGAGAAGCCCAAUCGCCCCAAAACCUCCUUUAACUGGCUUGUGAACCCACUGAAGACCUUCGUCUUCUUCAUCUGGCGCCGGUACUGGCGCAUCCUGGUGCUGCUGCUGCUGCUGGCGUUGAUCAUCAUCUUCCUCCUCCUCGUCUUCUACACCAUGCCUGGCCAGAUCAGCCAGGUCAUCUUCCGCCCCCUCCACCAACCCCCUGGCCCUAACUGA